GUGUGUGUGUGUGAGAGUGUGUUGAUAAGAUAAAGAUAUAUCCAUAAAGAAAGAGAUAAAAGAUUGAAUUUGAAUUAUUAGAAUUGAAAGUAAAAUGUUUGAGCCCUAUGUGAAAAUCAAGAAAAAGCGAAAUGUCCAUGAAAUUUAUCAACAAAGCGACGAGAAUUUAGAGCGAGAACGAGAACGGGAACGGGACCAACAGGAGCCGCAGGAGUCGCUGGAGGAUAGUAGUGAUAAUUGUUGCUGCCUGGAGGAGGUGCCCCCAUUAGCAGUGGGCGAGGGCGCCACUGUGGCAACAACAGGAACAGCAACAGCAGCAGCAACAGCAACAGGAGGAGCCAGCAGCAGCAGCAGUGGCAACUGCAGCCGAUUGCAGCAAUUGAUUUCGACGCCGCCAGUAUUAUUGCGUAGAUCUUCGCUGUCGCCGCCGCACCACCAUCACCCGCAAGGGGGCAACUCUCCUUUGCACCAGCUUCCACCACAAGCUGUAAGCACACCACCGCCCACACCACCCACACCACCGCACCACCAGCAGCAGCAGCCACAGCAGCAGCAACAUCUAGCUGCUGCGCCUUCAGUUUUGCAACAGCAUUUGGGUCACCUGAAUUUCGAAAGUGGAGCAACUGCAGCAGCAGCAGCAGCAGCGGUAGCCCAAGCGGCAGCAGUGGGAGCUGGAACCAGUAGAAGUGGAUCGGCAACACUGGCACAACAUUUGGCAACACCCAGCAGCAUAUUGCAGGCGGCAUACAGCAGUGGCAGCCACAACUUGCAAAAUAUAUUGACGCGCUCACAAAGUUCCUCCACCACCACCUCCUCCUCCUCCUCCUCCUCCACCUCCACCUCGUCGUCCGCACACGUUGCAAGCACCACCCCUGCCGCUGCAUCUGCCUCAUCGUCGUCCAGUUCCUCAAACAAUAACAAUUGCAGCAGCGCCUGUGCGGGGAAUACCCAUUACAACGGUGGCAGCAACAGCAGCAACAGCAGCAGCAGCAAUCACCACAGCAACAGCAUCAUUGCCAGCCGUUUGUUUGGGGCACCAUCAUCCUCUUCUUCUUCGGCAUCGUCCAGUCCCUCCUCCUCUUCGUCGUCGUCAUCCCACCUGCCGUCAUCGUCGCCUCAUCAUCUGCAUAGCCAUCAUUCCGCGUUGACCAACUCCAUCACGAAUCGCAUCAAUCAGAGUAUAAGGCGGCAUCUCAAUCAGCAGCAGUAUCAUCCCAUCAGCGCCUCCUCCUCAUCCUCAUCCUCCUCCUCAAGUGGCACGUCGUCUCGUUUGGCGCAUUAUCAGACGCAACAAUCGCCGAUACACCAGCACCAGCAACAGCAGCAGCAGCAGCAGCAUUAUAAUUGCGCUCAUCCUGGACAACAGCAGCAACAUCAUCAUCAUCAUCAGAGUAGCAGCAGCAACAGCAACCAUCAUCAACAACAGCAACACCACCACCACCACCAACACCACAGCAACAAUCAACAGCAACAACCACAACAAUCUCCUCUGUGCCUAGUAUUAUUAGUUAAAUGCCCCAAUUCUAAGGAAUUUUGUAACGCAGCCGCCGCAAAUUUCUGUGAUAAAAGAUUGCCGGUGAACGAAUGUCAGGCAAGCCAAACAGCUAGAGUCACCUCGAACCUGCACGCAUCCAGUAGCACGAUGGCGGUCAGCCGUGUACCCUCGCCGCCCUUGCCGGAAGUUAAUACGCCAGUUGCCGAGAACUGGUGUUAUACGCAGGUUAAAGUGGUUAAAUUUAGUUAUAUGUGGACCAUAAAUAACUUUAGUUUUUGUCGGGAAGAGAUGGGUGAGGUACUCAAAUCGUCCACAUUCUCAGCCGGUGCUAAUGACAAACUGAAAUGGUGUUUACGGGUUAAUCCAAAGGGUCUCGAUGAGGAGAGCAAGGAUUACUUAUCGUUAUAUUUACUAUUAGUUUCGUGUAAUAAAUCAGAAGUCAGAGCCAAGUUCAAAUUUUCCAUUCUGAAUGCGAAACGUGAGGAGACCAAAGCCAUGGAAUCCCAAAGAGCUUACCGUUUUGUGCAGGGCAAAGAUUGGGGCUUCAAGAAAUUCAUUAGACGCGACUUCCUGCUGGACGAGGCCAACGGCCUGCUGCCGGAGGACAAGCUAACGAUCUUCUGUGAGGUUAGCGUCGUCGCGGACAGUGUUAACAUCUCCGGACAAUCCAAUAUUGUGCAGUUCAAAGUGCCCGAGUGCAAGCUCUCCGAGGAUCUUGGCAAUCUCUUUGACAAUGAGAAAUUCAGCGAUGUGACGCUCUCAGUGGGCGGUCGAGAGUUUCAGGCGCACAAGGCCAUACUGGCAGCGCGCAGCGAUGUCUUUGCGGCCAUGUUUGAGCAUGAAAUGGAGGAGCGUAAGUUGAAUCGUGUCGCCAUAACCGAUGUGGAUCAUGAGGUUCUUAAAGAAAUGCUGCGAUUCAUAUACACGGGCAAGGCGCCCAAUUUAGAAAAAAUGGCUGAUGAUCUCCUAGCGGCUGCUGAUAAGUAUGCACUCGAAAAGCUGAAAGUGAUGUGCGAGGAGGCGCUGUGCGUCAAUCUCUCUGUUGAAACAGCAGCCGAAACAUUAAUAUUAGCUGAUCUCCAUAGUGCGGAUCAAUUGAAAGCACAAACGAUAGAUUUCAUAAAUACUCAUGCCACCGAUGUGAUGGAAACCUCUGGAUGGCAAAAUAUGAUCACAACACAUUCACAUUUGAUAGCGGAGGCAUUUCGUGCACUCGCAACACAACAAAUCCCACCAAUUGGACCACCAAGGAAACGCGUGAAAAUGAGCUGAAACCACACUUCAACAACAACAACAACAACUACAACUACAACAACAAAAACCCCUAAAGAAACACCAACAACACCAAUAACAACCUACAAGAAUCAAAGCAAUAUCCUAUAUGAAAUUUACCAUAAAUGCAAUCAUUUGUUCGAUCGUUUGGCAGCUAACCUCAAGAGAAAAACAUGCCGCAGAACAACAGCAACAGAUACAACAAUUACACCAACAACAAUCAAAUAUUUCAACAACAAAAACAACAGGCAGAAUAAUAUCAUGAAAAUGGAAAUGGAGUUAGAGUUAGAGUUGAAGAAUGAUGAAAGAAAGAUGGAAAUGAUGAGCAGGAGGAGGAGCAGGCAGUACCGUAUAUUGUUUCGAUUUUUGAGUAAUUUAAUUCUUUUUUUAACAUAAUAAUCUUGAUUUUAAAUGUAUUUUUAUUUUAAUUUUGUUGAUUUAUGAUUAUGAUCUUAUGCUUAAAAUGUUUACGAGUAAUAACUAUCCAUUAAUUCUACGUUUAAGUCCAACAAACAAAAGAAACAAACAACAAAAAUUACUAAGUAAAAUAAAGAAAAAGAGAGCAGAAACACGAAAAGAAAGUUGAAA